AUGGCAUCCACAGCCUACCUGUUGGCAAAGCAUCAGGACGUGCAGGAACGACUGAGGAAGAAAAUUAAAAGAGCUCUGAUUAACGACGACGCAAGUGCGAAAGAUAUUCUCAAGGUGGAAUACUUGGACCAAGUGAUCAGCGAAGCACUCAGAAUUUACCCUCCACUGUCAGGCUUCAUCUCCAGAACGUGCAAGGAAGAUUACGACUAUAAUGGUCUCACAAUUCCUGCCGGCAUCUCAGUCAUAAUUCCCGCAAGCUCCCUGCAUCGCGACCCUGAGUUGUGGAGUGAACCUAAAAAAUUUGAUCCUGAAAGAUUUAGCAGUGAUAACAAAGGUUCGUUGAAUCCCAUCACUUACCAAGCAUUCGGAAACGGGCCAAGAUCCUGCAUGGGUAUGCGCUUUGGUCAAACGGCACUCAAACUUGCACUCGGCAAGAUUUUGGCCAAAUACAAGCUGCAUCUGGAUGACCGACAUCUCAAGGAAGACGAAUUGCCGCUGUCAAACUCUCUCAUAUUUUCGGCUCCUCGUGACGGUGUCUGGCUCAAACUGGAGAAGGUUGAAAGCUAG